AAGACCUCAAAUCCGCCAAAGGAUUAUUGGAUUAUAAAAUCUAUUCACAUUAAAAUUAAAAUAUUGACUUUUCACUCGACGCUGAAGAUCAACGCAUACGAGAAGAAAGUGUAUGAUAUUCUAUGGAAAGCAGGUUAUGAAGUUGAAUGCCGUGCUAG